AUGGUAGAAGAGCAUCAUGUUGGAGCUUUUGUUGGUCCAUAUCGCCCUGGGCGCCGCUUCUUCUUUAUCAUCUCCCUUCUCACUCCACUCCUCCGCUCCACAUUCGUGUCUGGGGCUCGGCAUAACGGGUUCAUCCAAGUCGUCGGCCUGAUCGUUUUGGAGACCCUCUAUCUUAUUUCGCUAAUCGUUCUUCGGCCAUAUUAUACUCGAGGGGCCGAUGCGCUAGAAAUCUUCCUCUCGCUCACCAGGUUGAUCACCACCGGUGCACUUAUCGCAUUCGUCAAAGAGAAACUGGCAGUCACGGCUAUUCCCCGAGUAGGAAUCGGUAUUGGGCUCGCCGUAGUGUGGUGUGUCGGUAUCGUGGUGGUGAUUAUCAACAUCCUGGUGAACAUCCUUCCCUGGAAGAAACUAUGGUGUCGAAUCACUGGAAGAAAGCAUGUAGAAGAGAAUGCCGAUAGCGUGAACGAACUCGAAAAGGGUACCGUGGACGCCACUCUACCAAAUUCAGAGGCUGCCUCCACUGGCCGAAGCGACUCGAGCAUUGCCCCACACAAAGAACACGACAAAACUGCAGCCGUUGAUGAUAAUGAACGCACAAGAAACACCAUGAUGGUGCAACAGAACGACAAAUAG